GAUAUGCCUAAUAUUACAAUUUUUAGUGGCAGCUCUCAUCAACAUCUUGCAAAGCAGAUAGCCGAGCACCUAGGGCUUGAACUUGGAAAGGUGGUGACCAAAAAAUUCAGCAACCAGGAAACCUGUAUUGAAAUUGGAGAAAGUGUGCGUGGGAAAGAUGUUUAUAUCAUUCAGAGCGGCUGUGGUGAAGUCAAUGAUAAUUUGAUGGAAUUAUUUAUUAUGAUUAACGCCUGUAAAACUGCAUCUGCUUCCCGUGUAACUGCAGUCAUCCCCUGCUUUCCAUAUGCUCGACAAGAUAAGAGGAGCAAAAUCGAGGCAAAAGAUUAUGUUCGAGCACCUAUUACUGCCAAGCUUAUUGCAAAUAUGUUAUCUGUGUCUGGAGCUGAUCAUAUCAUUACAAUGGACUUACAUGCAUCACAGAUCCAAGGUUUCUUUGAUAUCCCUGUUGAUAACCUAUAUGCAGAGCCUGCUGUGGUAAACUGGAUUAAAACAAAUAUUCCUGGUUGGAAGAAUUCCAUUAUAGUCUCUCCUGAUGCAGAAGGUGCUAAGAGAGUCACGUGUCUUGCUGAUUGCCUGAAUGUUGAUUUUGCUUUAAUCCACAAAGAACGAAACAGAGAUAAUGAACCUGAUCGCAUGAUUCUAGUUGGAGACGUUAAAGAUCGAUUAGCUAUUAUGGUUGAUGACAUGGCUGAUACCUGCAGUACAAUCUGCCUAGCUGCUGACAAGUUACUAGCUGCAGGAUCUACCAAGGUUUAUGCUGUUUUAACUCACGGUUUAUUAUCUGGCUCCGCCAUCUCACGAAUUAAUGAAACCAAUUUUGAAGCUGUUGUUGUCACCAAUACCAUCCCACAGGAGGACAAAAUGAACCAAUGUGUAAAAAUCCAGAUGAUCGACAUCUCUACAAUCCUAGCAGAAGCAAUUCGUCGGACACAUAAUGAAGAGUCUGUCUCAUAUCUGUUUAACCAUUUUCCAUAUUAA